UGUAUGUCAUUUUGAAAGUAAUUAAAUGUUAUAUAGUACCCGACUGCAUAAACGUAAUCAAAAAACUACUAUACAGUCACGACAAUUUAUUGCCACGUGAAAAUGUAUCUUAACAAACAGAAAUUGAUGAACAAAUAUAAAAAAUAAAACAAAUAACCAAUUAUUGUUCUAAAUUUUAAAUAAUUUUUUAAACGUUACUUUAUUCUAAGAUAUUACGAAUAAAUGAAGACUUUCAGAAAAUGGGGUGGACAUAUUUCUUUUACGUAUUAUUAGAUACAUAGCAGUUAAUGUAGGUUGAAAAUCGUUGAUUUAAUAUGAAAGUUUAUAUUGUUUAGUGUUGCGUAGUAAUAUUGUUGUACCGUUUAAUAUAGGAAUUCAAAACAAUGCAUCACACACGAAAGAUUUUGUUUUACACGCUUGUAAAUAUAAUGUAUAUGUAUUCAUAAUUUUCGUUUCAUCCGAAUUAAAUUAAAUAUGAUUUUUUAUACAAAAGUGUUGGUAUUAUUUGGUAAAGUUGCGAGGUUUCGUGAAAAUAUUCCUUAACAAAGAGGAUAUCCGGUAAUGGCGUUGUGGUAAUUUGAGUGGCGAUGGUCGAUGCUCCUCUUUCCGGGAACCGGCGUCCAUUUUCCUUGUUGGCUUGUCUAAGAUUGGCGCGUUCCUCAUUUACGAACGGAUUGUUUGCCGACAAAUAAAUCACAUAAUUAUAAAUGGAAGGAUCUUUAGCUAGCAGAGCUGGGUUUCGUAGCCGUGGUGGUCCAGGAGGUCCUAUGAGGGGACGUGGUGGUUUUGGAGAUAGAGGAAGAGGUGGACCACCGAGAGGAGGAGGCAUGAUGCGCGGAGGUCGUGGUAGUGGACCAGGAGGUGGUAUGAGAGGUGGACCACCUGGAAUGAGGGGUAGAGGUGGACCUCCUGUCAGGGCCCGUGGAAGACAUUUUCCACUUGGGGGUCCACCAGAAGGAGGAAUGUCCAGUGGACCUGGUGGUAGUGGACCACCAGGAAUGGGAGGUCCACCACGUGGCGGUAGCAGAGGAGGGAGCAGCGGUUUUCGUAAUAGAGGGAGGGGUGAUUUUGGCAGGGGCGACAGUCGCGGAAGCAGUAGUAAUUUCUUAGGACGAGGAAGGAUGGACAGAGGCUCCAGAGGUGGAUCGGGUAGGGGUGGUCCAGGAGGUAGGGGAGGUUUUGGCGAUCGUGGAAGCAGAGGCAGCGGACGUGGCGGUCCAUCGAAACGCGGGGGUGGACCACCAGGAUCCAGUGGACCUUCCAAAAGACCGAGAUUCGAUCAACCGUCUUCACAACCCGCGAACGGCUAUGCAACUCAAGCACCCAGUCAAGGUGGAUACGGUGGUACUAGUAGUGCCUACGGUGGAGGACAACAGCAGCCACAACAACAACAAGCAGUGGGAUAUGGCGGCGGUUAUGGAUCACAGAAUUACACCCAGUCAUCGUAUCAAGGCUACGAAAGUUAUCAGCAACCACCAGAUUACGGCCAAACAGCGGGCUAUCCACCAUCGGCAGCCGCUGAUAAUAGGUACGGUGGAGCACCUACUGUACCUGCUGCAGGAGCUUUCAGUGCCGGUGAUCCCUAUAGUUAUGGCAAAGCACCGCCAUCAGCCAUUUAUCAGCAGGAGGCAGUGGUGACAGUAGCAGGGUGCGGGGGUUCGAUUUAUGCCCCUGUUAAUCCUUAUGAUGACCAAUCGUCUAAUACCGCUUCUAUGACCAACAGGAGUGGUUACUCGACGCAACCUUAUGAUUAUGCGAGUCAGGACGGUGUAUAUGGAAAACAGGAUUAUGGUGGCAGUGCUGGUUACCAAAACGCCCAGUCUCAGCGACGUUAUUAAAUUACACGUUCAACUAUUUAAAUUUAUAUAUUAGAUCCACACUUUUCCAAAUUUAAAAGAGUCGUUCCCGGCGCGUGAAAAUGUCGGACAAAUGUAAAUUUGUCUUUAUCACACAAAUAGUAUAGAUAAUAAUUGAACGAAGAGAGCGACUUUUACAUUAUGGAGGAAAAGGAAGAGAAGUACAGAAUGCACCGUAACGAGAUUUCGAUAAUUUUAAUCCUAUAUUUGUCGCGCCCAAGGGUAAAGAAAGAAUAAAAAAAAAGAUUCGUUAUAAAUUGCGCUUGAAGGCGCAUCAUAUACCUAUCGUUUAAUCACGAUCAAAGUAUAAAUGACAAGAGCGUUUUAUACUUGACUAGCAGUAUAGCAUCUACUUCGUCAUGUUUGUCUAAUAAACUUCGUUUAGGAUUAAGUUUAGUUUUUGGUGUACAGUACAUUUUCAAGCUAUAAUCUGCGAUUGUGAAAUGAUUAACGUUAAAUCGUAUUAAUCGUCUUCAUUGUAAUAGCAAAGAUACAAAGAUGUUUACACUAUUUGUAAAGUCAUUUUGAACAGUCGAUUAUUGCGAACGCAGCUCAAUUAUUGCUAAAGAAUUCUAGGUGUAUAGAGAGAAAGAGAAACAAAAUGAGAAAUACAAAAACGAUAUGUCGUACGUCCUUGUGUAAAAGGAAGUAAAAAGUAAUUGUAUUUUGUGGUGUGUUUUGUUUAUACAUUUAACAUAAAUCGAGAAAGAGACGUUAACUUGUAUCGGAACGUAUUGCUCUUUUAUGCGUUGAUGGUGCGAUUAUCGGAUUCUAAUGACAUUCUGAAAUAAUUUUUUAUGAUGCAAUAAAAAAAAACAAGUCUUAUCGUUGCGACGUUUCAUUUCGUAUAUUUUAAUUAUGGCGCGCAGGUCGGCGCGAACGACGCGCCAACGCUCUGCUUUAGAGGUGACACAAAGUAUUUUUUGUGUGUUUUAUGUUGGUAUCUUGGAGAGAACCCUAAAAAGAAAUUUUUCAUAACACGACGUGUAGGAGGCUUACCUUAAAGAAAGGUGUUCGAACAGCAAAUACAUAUUGGUAGAAAUGUCACACUGGCAGAGACAAUCAAAAGAAAAUGCUCUAACGAUUCACGAGAACGGUUAGUUGUUUGUAUCAGAUUGAAAAAUAGUGUUAUUGUCCAAAGAUCGAACAUGCAUAAACGUAGCUAAAUAAACUUGUCCCAGCCAAUUGUGUACAUUAGAGUAGAAGCACCAUUAUGUAGGGCAGACAAUGAGACCCAGUAUUUCGUUUUAUUAUAUGAAUAACUAUAUGAUUAUCUAAACUGUACUAAACUCAUUGUCGUAUGUCAUCAGCAUAGUGAUAUAGUAAAUCGAUUAAAUAUUGUAAGUAAUAGAGUAACGAUUUAAAUGAAAACGAACAUUGAAACAAAAAAUCAUAAAGAAAGAAAAAACAAUAAUACUUUUUUACAUUUAUUAUUUCCUCACCUUCAACAUACAAGAGUAUAUGGACUUGAACUUGAAAUGAAACUUAGCGAAAACUAGCGAUUAAAUAUAUGAAAACCAGCAACUGCCGUAGGAACCAGACGUGCGUUUAAACGAUUUCAACCGUUUUAAAAAGAGCACAAAUCUGUAUUUCGUACAAUUUACGUAGGUAUGAGAUUUUAUUAAAGAAACGAUUCUCGACAUUUAUCGAGGCGUAUUCUUUCGUGAUUGUUGUUUCGUUGAAAAAGCAAAGAAGAAACUAUACGUUUUUUUUUGUUUUCUUGUAUAUAGUUUGUUCGAAAAGUAUAUAUAUAUAUAUAUCUGUCCAGAAUGAAAUUCUUGUGUAAGAAACUAUUGGUGGACAAUUCUAGGUGUAUGAAAAACUUGACAAAAACUAAGUUUAUUUCACAGGCGUAGCAACAACCUGAGAUACUUAGGGAACAGAAUGAAAGAAAGAGAGAGAAUACCUUCCCUCCAUUACCAGCAAGGAGAUACCGACUCUGAUAAACAUACAAUAUUAUACGAAUAAAUGACGACUGUAAGAUAAAAAGUUUAUUAUUGACCGAUGGCACAGGUACCGAAAUAUUUAAAUGAAAUCUAGAAAAAAAAAAAAUGUUUCUUUUAGAGUAUCCAGAGUUGGGCAAAAUUUUAUUUGGGUGACGGAUAACGGAUAAACAUGAAAAAUAAUUAUUAAUGCAUAAAUGUCUGAGCAUAUUUAAUAUAGCGCCCCUAAAAUUGAAGUUUUCUUUUAUCAUUAUUUGCACCGUGACUCUUUUCUUAACUAGUUUAGGAAUUUAGCUUCCUCUCCACUCGUAGUUCUAUUAUCGUACUACGGCUAUCCAGAAUGUAAACCCGAGAGGAUAUCCUCUUUUUUUGGUGACAUGAAAAAUUAGACCCAAUAGGUUAAUGUAACUUUCAUUUUCUUAAGUAGUAUCGAAAUAGGGACUAGAGUCGACUACUUAAGUGAAAAAUACAUAUUUACUGUUGGCCAAUGUUAUUCGAGUAAAGGUUGCAAAAUUAUUCGAAUAAAUAGUAACAGUAAUUCGUUGUGGAUAACGAAAUAAUUAUUACUGCGGAUAAAAUAUUCGAUCAAAUAGAAUGUAUUCGAAAAGAAGAUAUGUCCGAGACAAAUAUUUAUUCGAAACCAGUUCGAAUAAUGCCCAACUCUGAGAGUAUCAUAGUACUUUUUAUUAAUUAGAAUCCUUUAAUUUAAUUUUCUAAAGAGUCGAUCUGUACUAAAUAGUAUUUGAUCUUUUUUAUGGUGCACCUAAUUUUUUUCAUUCGAAACAUUGUCACAAUUCUUUUUCGAUGUAAAUAAUAAGCGUCAGUAUAUAUAUGUAUCUGUUGUGUACAAAAUUCAGUCACGCCACGUGCAUAUGUACACAUAUAUAUGUGUAUAUGCAAACAGAGAAAACACGUUUUAAAGAAAAAUGCGAACAAAUGUUAAGUAAUCAUGGAAAAGCACGCAAGAGUUAACAAAUUAGAACCUAUGCUAACAUGUAUUACGCUCGUAUAUAUUUAAAAAAACAAAAAAAAAAAAAAUACAAAUGUUCGAGUAAACCUCAACCCAUAUUCAGGUGAGUAAAUAUAAAUCUAUCCGUUUUUUUUUUUAUAAAAAAAAAAAGAACCUAUCAACUUAUUACAAAACAAAUGUUAGCAAGGAUAAAUUCUACAUAUAGAUCUGCAUCUAUCGAGUGUAAAGUGGAAUCAUUGAAAAAUGUUAGAAGGCAAUUUCAACAACCAAUUCAAAAUAUAUUGCUUUCAAUAGGGAUACAAACAAUCAAUAGAAUUUUUUAGCUUUUACAUAAUUUAGGUACACAAUAUAUAUCUGGUAUAUCUUUGACAAAUAACAUAAAUCUUUCCUUUCAUAACCUUUGAACCGCUUUAUACACGCGAUACCUGCAGUAUUGCAUAUCGUAACAAUUAACAAAUGAGGUCACGAUCGAAAACAGAUACUAUUUAAAAUUUUUUAAAAGUGAAUAUCAAUUCGAUAAAAAACCGAGUACAAUCUAUCGUAACCUUAAUCAAAGAGAAAAUGAAAGAACAGGGAAGAAAUGUACUGAAUACCUAUAUGAAAAGUCUAAAGAAUGUUUUUAAGUAAUAACAAUGCAUAAUAACGAUUGAAGUAUUGAAUAUAAGCGCAUUAGGCAAUAGCUGUUAAGGUAUCCGUAAGAUUUUAUUGCUUUUGUUAUCUGUUACUAUUUUCUAAUUUCUUAUUAUUAA